AUGUUUGUUAUUCUCUCUCUAAUCAUCGACUUGAUCUAUUGGUUAAAUAAACAAUUUAGAUAUAUAUCUGAUCUAAUCAUUGGUAAUGUUUUUGAUCCGAGGUUUGAUAUUGUUUUAGUGACUGGUGGUGUAACAGGGUUGGGACGAGAACUUGUGCUGCAAAUUAUUUCCAAAGGUGCACAGGUUGUCGUAUUGGAUAUAUUAGAACCUUUAGAAGAAGAUUUAAACACAGUUGGAUUGACACAUUACAAAUGUGAUGUUAGUGAUCCUCAGGAUGUUUUAAGAACACAAAAGCUAGUGAGAAAAGAAAUUGGGGUAGUAACCGUACUAAUAAACAAUGCCGGUAUUGCAACGGGGAAACCGGUAUUGGAUUUAUCCUUCCAAGAAAUUGAAAAAACAAUACAAAUUAACUUGCUAUCCAGUUUUUACACUAUAAAAGCUUUUCUUCCCGAUAUGAUGCUACGGGGCCGUGGUUAUAUAGUAACCAUAGCUUCGGUUUUGGGAUACAUGUCUCCGGCGCGACUCAGUGCAUACGGUGCAUCAAAAUCAGGGCUAAUUGCAUUACAUGAAUCUUUAACUUAUGAGUUGGGGUCUCCUUCUUUGAACCCACAGGGAAUCAAAACUCUAUUAGUGUGUCCUGGCCAAUUGAAGACCGGAAUGUUUCAAGGCGUGGCUACCCCUUCGACCAUCUUUGCACCUGAAUUAGAUCCUGCAUUUGUCGCAUCAAGUGUAGUUAAUGCCAUUGAACUGGGAAGAAGAGGAGAAAUUAAAUUACCGUUAUAUAGCAAAGUAAUACCCAUGUUCCGAGCUUUGCCGUGGCCAAUUGUUGAAGUCACUAGAAGAAUAACUGGUAUUGAUCAAAGUAUGAUUGACUUCAAGUCGAAAAUAUCAAAAGUAGCCAGUAGUGUUUCGUCUUUGAGGAAUAUUUCGUUGCUGGGGUCAAAAAAUGUGUCAACUGAGGUUACUCCGACAUUUGCUGUCGCCGAGUCAACACCGCAGGAAAACAAGGCGGCUUUGUCUCAGACAGAGAUUUCCUAA